GAAGAAGCAGGUGGAAAUCAGCUGUGAGUGUUGUGUAAACGCUGGCCGUUGAAAAAUUAGGCCGCACCGCAUUUUUUCAGAAUUGUAAAUAAUAUUAGUUAGUAAAUACGUUGUAAAUUAAAGAACAUGUUGAACAUAUUGCGUCAACGCCAUGCCGCGCAACGCUUGCUACACACGACCACAAACCGGCCCGGCUAUAUUGUGCUUGUGCCUGAAAUAGGCGAAGAAGGGCCCUUGGGCGAUGGCCUGCUAUCACCCAACGGACUGCCUGCCUUCAGUGACAUCACCAUCGAGAUGUGUCUGGGCGCUAUUGGACAACAAGCAGCGGCAGUGGAGAAGACCGUCAAAGCUCUGGAGCAGGACAUACAAAGUGGCAAGCAGCUGCACAGCGUCGACAUCUACAGCGAACUGGACGCGGUCACAGCACCGCUAGAGACCACUUGGGGUGUGGCAAAAGCACUCUAUCUGGGAAACAGCACGCUGAUUCCAACGAAAUCAUAUAUGAACAUUCAUGAACGUGCCCGCAAUGCACGUGCCGCCAAGUUCUGCAACAAAACAGUUUACUCUGCUCUGCAACAACAGCAACAACAGGGUGAGGCAGCAGACGGUGAAGCGGAGCAACGCUUGCGCCAAAAAUUCUUACUUGAGGGCAAACUGAAUGGCCUGGCUUUGAACAAAGAUGGACAGGAUGGUCUGAAAGAGCUGCUCACGCAGUUGGGACGAGAGCGUGGCAACUACAAGAACAAGGUUAACAUGGCAGUGCAUGCAUUCGCGCAUGUUGUGAACGAUUUUCAGCUGGUACGCGAUUUCCCUCAAACGCUGCUGGAGGCAACGGCUCGCGAUCCCACUCAGCCGCUUGAGGGACCCUGGAAGGUAACUCUACAGCCGCAGAUCGUCGAGGGCUUCCUCAAGUACUGUCCGGAUCGCAUGCAACGCUGGAAUGUCUGGCGAGCCAAUGCGCUAAAAGCAUCGCAGCAGCAGGACAAAUCCCUAGAGAACAGCACGCAUCUGGAGAAGAUACGUGGACUGCGUCGACGACAGGCGAAUCUGCUGGGUUAUGCCAAUUAUGCAGAGAUGUCGAUGCAAACCAAAAUGAUUGGCAGCGUCGACAAUCUCAAGCAGAUCUUUGCCAAGCUGCUAAAGUUCGCGGGACCAGCGCAAAGCGUGCAGCUCGAGGAACUGCAACAAUUUGCCAAUGCCAGCGGUGGACAGCACAAGCUGGAAGCCUACGAUGUUAGCUACUGGCGUCGCAAGCAACUGGUGGAAGAGCAACAGCUGCUGGAGCACAAAAUCAGUGAGUUCUUCCCGUUGCCUCGCGUGCUCUCGGGACUCUUCACACUAAGCGAGAAACUUUUCAACAUUCGCAUUGUGGAGCAGCCCAAAACCGAGGUUUGGCAUCCGGCUGUCAAGUUCUACAAUGUCUACGAUGGUGACAGCAGCAAUAGCUCCACACCAGUGGGUGGAUUCUACGUCGAUUGUUAUUCCAAGGAGCACAAGUUUGGCAAGAACAAUGGCUGGAUGGUGGGCAUUCGGAACAGCAACAAGUCGGCGAAUCUAACGCCACUCUGUGCACUCAUCUUUAACUUCACAGAACCCAAGCCCGGUCAGCUGCCGCUCUUGGGCUACGAUGACCUCCAAAUGGUCUUCAAGACAUUCGGAACGGCGUUGCAGCAUCUGUUGACACAAGCUGGUUACAGCGAUCUCGCUGGACUCUCCAACAUUGAGUGGGAUGCCUCACAGGUCUCCGGUUAUGUGAUGAGCAAUUUCCUGGAUGAUGCUGCCGUACUACAAACUCUGUCCGGACAUUAUAGCAACGAUGAAGUAAUUGACACGAAGCUGGCGCAAAAGAUGCGUCUGCUCAAGACCCAAUUGGCUGGCUAUAAUCUCUGUCAGGAGCUGUAUGUCGCCGAUCUCGAUGUGGAGCUGCAUCGCUCGGGCGCCUUUUGGUUGGAUGUGGUGCGCAAAUUGUGGCCAGUCUAUCAGUGUAUGCCACUGGACAAAAAGGAUGCACAUCCCUGCUCCAUGACGGAUAUAUUUGCUGGCGAUUGGGCAGCUGCGCAUUUCAGUCAUCUAUAUUCCAAACUGAUUGCAGCGGACAUCUCCAGCAGCUUUGCCGAACAGCGCAACGAUGAACACUACGCCAACGUGGGCAAACGCUAUAAGCAAACGUUCCUCAGUUACGGUGGCUCAGUGCCUACGGCGGAGGUAUUCCGACGCUUUCAGGGACGUGAUCCAUCGGUGGAGGCGCUGCUCAAAUCACUGGAUAUCUUUGUGCCGUCGCAGACGACAGAGAACACUUAAAGUUUUCCCCCUUUGCCAGCAUGACCAGCAUAAUUUCUUCUUAUCAGAACGCCAGAUAAGAAGCCAAUAUGUUCCGGGGGAUUAACAAACUUUUGGAUGACGCCACCGUCAAGAAAACAAACACACACACACACAGCAGUAAUUUGUAGUUGAUAGAUUGUUGCUUUAUUUAAAUAAUACUUUUAAAAAUAAAUUGCAGAAAUUUGUAACACCA